AGGCGCUCAGCCUCGCGCAACGCGCAGCGCAAGCUUUCUGCCAGGUGUCGCCUCAACAACGUCGCCCCAACGCAAAGUCCGCCGCCGCCGCACCACGCCCUCCAACACCCCGUCGUACCCCCCACGUCGAUCCCGCACACCGCAGCCAUGGACUCGCCCGAGCCCGAUACCCCUUUCGCCGCCGUCACGGCGCAGACGACAAAGUUCGGCAGGAUGUUCCAAUCGUACCUCGACGCCUCGACGCCCUACAACACGUACCGCUGGGUCGGCACCGGCGUGCUGUUCGCGCUGUUCGGCCUGCGCAUCUUCGUCGCGCAGGGCUGGUACAUAGUCGUCUACUCGCUGGGCAUCUACCUGCUGAACCUGUUCCUGGCCUUCCUGUCGCCCAAGUUCGACCCCGCGCUGGAGCAGGACGAGGGCAUGGAGGACGGCAACGCGAGCGGCCUGCCCACCAAGGAGGACCAGGAGUUCCGGCCCUUUGUGCGCCGCCUGCCCGAGUUCAAGUUCUGGUACUCGGCCACCAAGGCCAUCGCCAUCGGCUUCUUCUGCAGCUGGUUUGAGAUUUUCAACCUGCCAGUGUUCUGGCCCGUGUUGGUCGUCUACUGGCUGAUUCUGUUCUGCCUGACCAUGCGCCGCCAGAUCCAGCACAUGAUCAAGUACCGCUACGUGCCCUUUACCGUCGGCAAGACGCGCUACCCGGGCGCCGCGCAGUAAACUCUCGCCGCGCAGUAAACACCACCGCGCAGUAACCCACCGCGCAGUACACCCACCGCGCAAUACACCACCGGCGCAGUGAACACCACCCAGUAACACCACCGCUUUGCGCGGACCACAUCUUGCUUUUAGCGUGAGGGCAGCAUUGUACACGAUAGACGGCGCUUCUGUAAAGGUGCCUUGGUGCGAUACGAGGGCUUUAUGCUUGGAUGCGGAAUGACAUGUAUACGUAGGCUAUGUCGGGACUCUUACAUCUUUAAUAGCGGGCACGGCCAGAAUUCAUAUUUCACGAGCUGAUUCUGUGCUGUGAC